UAUCAGUGGAUUAUUUUGCCGCUCGGCCGACACGCUGAUCACACAGUCAUUAUCAAGCCGUGAACAAGCGCGGAUCAAAUCGACAAUAUUUGUUCAGUUCAAUAACAACAAUAGUAGUAGUAAAGGAGCAAAGAAACAACAACAAAAAAAAUAAAAUAAACUACAAAUCCUCACAGCAACAACAACUUGAAACACCUUGAUUUUGCAAACACAACUCACAGCUCAUGCAAAAAGCUGAGCUUAAAAAACACAUAAUUGCGCAGUUUCAAAAAAAGAAAACAACUCCAACAAAUUGACAAUUUUUAAUUCGUGUAAAUUUUUCGGCAAAGCUUGUUGUUGCAAUGAUGCCUGGAAGGAGUCGGCGCUUAAUUUUCAAUAUUUUUGGAUCAUGUUUGAUCUUAUUAGGCUUAGCAAAUAUUUUAUUUAGCGAAAGCUUUUUCAAUAAAUUUUUGGAAAAGGAAAUGAUUUUGAGCCCUGGUUCGAAAACAUUCGAGUUAUGGAAGAAGCCACCGUUGAAUAUAAAACUGGACUUCUACUUAUUCAAUUGGACGAAUCCAGAAGACUUUGACAAACCUUAUAUUAAGCCAAAGUUUGAAGAAUUAGGACCAUAUCGCUUCAUGGAAGUGCCGCAUAAAGUUGAUAUCAAAUGGCAUCCACAGAAUGCCUCGAUGAGUUAUAAGAAGCAAAGUAAAUACUAUUUUGAUGCUGAAGGCAGCAAAGGAAGCUUGGAUGAUGAAAUAGUGACCGUAAAUUCCUUGGCAGUGUCACUAUCAUCCAAGGCGAAAAACUGGAAUCUAUUGCGUCGCAAAGUGAUCGACAUGGCUCUGAAUGUCUACAAUGACGAUAUUUCCAUUAGGAAGACUGUGAAUGAUCUGCUCUUCGAGGGCUAUGAAGAUGUGCUCUUGAAUUUGGCCAAUUUUUUGCCCAGUUCGUUGACCGAAGUAAAAGUGCCUUUCGAUAAAUUCGGCUACUGCUAUCCGCGCAAUUAUAGCGCCGAUGUUACAGGUAUUUUCAAUAUUCACACCGGCGCUGAUGAUAUACGAAAAUUUGGUCAGGUGCACACGUGGAACUACAAGGAUACGACAAAUGCUUAUGCUCCGGAAUGCGCGAAAGUUUAUGGCUCAGCUGGAGAAUUUCAAUCAUUAUAUCUACAGCCAAACAAACCGGUGGAUUUCUUCUUGUCGGACAUUUGUCGCAGCGUUAAAAUGGAUUAUGUGGAAGCAACAGAGGUGGAGGGCAUACGAGGUUACCGAUAUGAGGGUGGCAAACGCAUGGUCGAUAAUGGCACACUAUAUCCGGAAAACGUAUGCCACUGCAAUGGCAUGUGUGUGCCUUCGGGUUUAAUUAACAUCUCCUCCUGUUGGUUUGGCUCCCCCAUGUUUCUGUCAUAUCCACACUUUCACGAUGCAGAUCCCACAUAUCUCAGCCAAGUGGACGGCUUAAAGCCGGAGAAGGACAAACAUGAACUCUAUUUGGUGUUGGAACCCAAGUCCGGACUACUAUUAGACAUGGCAGCGCGUCUUCAAUCGAAUAUAUUAAUCGAGCCUAUCGCACAUUUCAAAUUAUUCAAGAAUAAGCGACGUAUUUUCUUCCCGCUCUUCUGGUUCGAAGCACGCACUCGCGUCCCAUUAGACUUGACUGGCGAAUUCAAAUUGUUGCCCAGAGCCAUUUUGACUGCUCAAAUAUUGGGUGGCUUCAGCAUAUUGGGUGGCUUAAUACUCCUGGCCUGGUAUCCCAUCAAAGUGCAUUUACAAAAUCGUCUUAUACAACAAAUAAAAAUCAACAAUUUGGAUAGUCAGACGCAUCAUCAAAUUGUGGGCAAACAAAUUUCUUUGCAACCAGAGGUUUCACCACUUUUGGUCAGCUCGGUACAAGCGAAUGCGAAAAUAUUGGAGCGCGCCGAUACGGAGAUCUCGACUUUGAGUAUUGACGCAUGUACGAGCUCAACGGAUCGCAGUUCAAUGCAGUCGACAACGAGCUCAACGUGAUUGGCUCUUAAUUAUAGCUGGUUCCUUAUUAAUUAUAAGCUUGAGUGUGUGUGUGUGUGUGUGCGUGUAUGUGUGGUAAUUGAAGUCUAUUUUAAUUUCAGUAAUUAUGGUUUUUUUUCACUUCAUUCAGGUUGAUACUUUUUAUGCUCGUUACUUAUAUGUAGCAUUGUAACCAUUUGUCAUUUGCAUAUGUAUGUGUGUAUACCCUCAUUUUUGCAUAAAAUUAUUUAAUUGUAGAAAACCCAUCACCCUUAGUUACCUAUUUAGAGGUUAGGUUUGUAAACAUUCCCUAGAUUCCAUAAUUUUAUAAGGCAAUUCGCCUCAAUUCGUUUACUCUAGUUACCCUUGAACUUUUAUUCUACAAAAGCAUGUAUGUAUGUAUAUUUACUAAUACUGUAUAAAUCAUUGUUUUUAAAAACCAAAGCAUUAUUGUUA